ACCACUGGUCACCUGCUGCUGUUACUCAACCUUCUGGGUUGUUUAAGUACUAGGUGACCGGUAUGAAAAGCGGUGAGAUGGGGCAAAAGGCUCAGCGCCUAACUUGCUGAGAAAGGGACAAAAAAAAAAAAAGUAAAUAAUGUUUUGAAUCAGUAUCAGGGCGAUUUUCCAGAUUUCAGAGCUCACUCCAGAGGAUGUGACGUCGCUCCUGUCUUGCCUCCACCUCUUGUCCAUCGCAGCGCCGUUUAAUUUGACACGGUGGCCCCUUUAAACGCCGCUAAAAACAGACCGAUACGACCGUCCGUUUUCCCUACCUUCGGCUCAAAAGAAAUGGCCCGGCCGCGGGCCCGCCCGCAGCCCGCCAGCAACGGCCGUCGCCUGCUAAUCGGGCAGGGCGAGGGACGCUGAGCGGCGGCGGCGGCGGCGGCGGCAGGCUCAACGGCCAGCUGCCCGCAAACCAAAGCUAGGCGGCUACCUGUCGUUAGCUGCGGCGGCUCGCCUUGCCAUAUGAUAUUGACGCACGUUGCACGGGGACAGACCUCCGCGGACGGCGACUGGAUCGGCACGACAAGCCCGCGACGGCGAGAUGGACAAAGACGAGGCAGACCGGCUGAUAGAGAAGGCGAAGCUGUGUCUGCGGUCCGGACAGAAAGACCGGGCGCUGCAGCUGCUCCGUGAAGCGCAGAAUAUUUACCCCAGCACCCGGGCCAGAGUGCUGAUCGAUGCCAUAGUAAGAAAUGGGGGCACUGCUGCCCCAGAAGCAAACCACGUACCCCCACCAACAGGCUGGAGAGACGAGGACAUCAGAAACAAUGAUGUGAGGGGUGACGAAAAGAAGAGCUACACCGAGGAGCAACGCCAGGGUGUUCUCAGGAUAAAGAAUUGCAAGGACUUUUAUGAAAUCCUCGGCGUUCCCAAAAAUGCCAGCGAUGAAGAUUUGAAGAAGGCGUACAGGAAGUUGGCCCUCAAGUUUCACCCCGACAAGAAUUUCGCUCCAGGAGCCACAGAUGCUUUCAAAGCAAUAGGAAAUGCAUAUGCGGUGCUGAGCAAUCCAGAGAAGAGACAACAGUAUGACCAAUAUGGAGAUCAGUCUGCGGCUUCGAACGCACCCCAACACUCUAGCCACAGUCGCCAUGGACACUACCGAAACUUCCACAGAGACUUUGAGGCCGACAUUUCCCCCGAGGAACUCUUCAACAUUUUCUUUGGUGGAAGGUUUCCCACAGGAAAUAUCCAUGUGUACACCAACCAGGGAGCCUCCUACUCUCAGUUCUAUCAGCCUCGUCGUCGACGUGCGUAUGAGAGGCGCGAGGAGGUGGUGGAAGAAAACCAGAGUCAGAACACCUUCACAGCGCUCCUGCAGCUUCUCCCAGUGCUGGUGCUAAUCCUCAUAUCAGUGUUUACUCAGAUGAUGGCCACUACCCCGCCCUAUAGUCUCUUCUAUAAGCCGGCCAUGGGGCUGGUGGUGUCCAGGGAAACGCAGCACAUGGGCGUACCGUACUAUGUGGAUAAAAGUUUUGAGAAGGAAUACCACGGGGCUGCACUGGAGGAGCUAGAGAAAACAAUUGAGAGCGACUAUAUCGAUCACCUGCAGAGCAGCUGCUGGAAAGAGAAACAGCAGAAAUCAGACCUGGCAAACCUCGGACAACUGUACCGAGAUGAACGGCUAAAGCAGAAGGCAGAGUCAAUGAGGCUGGACCACUGUGAGAAACUGCAUCGACUGGUUGGGCGUCAAAGAGGCAAAUGAGGACUGUUUAAGAGGAGAACACAUUUCUUUACAGACUUUACAGUAAUGCAUUUUAUUAAAGCGUGUAAUUUAUCCAAUCAGGCCACUUUGUAAAGAAAUUUUUUGGGUACAGCGCAGUCAGUGGGAGAUUAUGCCACUGGAAACAAUGUGCCUUCUCUCCUCUUUGGUGGUAGAAAAUAGAGUUGCAUGUCAGCUGCCAACCCUGGCCGUGGUGGUAGCAGCACCAUGCGCAAACUCGCUGUGGCAGUGUGUAUGAUGCGUCAGAGCCUUUAAACUUUCUUAUAGAAAUGGCAUGACAUACGGGGUCUCCCUUUGGGGUUCUGAAGGCAGUUGUAUGUUCACACAUACAUGUUUUAUUCGUCUAGGUUUUUGUAGUUUACCUGUAUUUAUUUUCUUGAAUGUUUUUGUGUCCUCGCUUAAAUCUUAAUUGUAUUUAUUUAAUAGUUAAUAGAGUGAAUGUUACUUGAGCAUCUUGGCUCAUCUUUUUUCUGUUGGAAGUAAUGAAGUACAAUAAUACUGUAGUCUGGACAAAUCUGAGAGUUUCUGUACUGUGAAAUGACACAGGACAUUUUUAUUUAUUAUUAAAUAUAGACAAAUCAGACAUUAGAAAGUACUGUAACAUCUAUACUGUGGUUAAUCAGGCAUUUUGACUUAUAGAAAUAGGCAGCACAGUAGAGCAGAGUUUUACAAAAUGUGGCCACAUUUUUCUGAUCAAUGUGCUUAUUAUAACAGGUUGUAUUUGCCAAAAAGUGAGAUUUCUUCUACAGUAGAGCUUCCCACUCCCCGCACUACUACUCAACAUAGGUGUUGAUUGCAUUGGUCAUUAAGCUUCUGCCAUUCAGAAACCAUUUGUUUGAGGUUUAAGCGUGAGAAAUGACUGUAGUGUGUCGAAAAAAAGAGGCUAUGUUUUGGAAGUAAUUUUGAUUUGUCCCAAGCAGGGAUUUCAAAGCCCAUACACAGUCCUGCAGAGUUUUCCUGGUGUAUCUGCUAUAUAUUGGAAGCUCAGUGGUAAGCAGUAUCUGUAAGGUUACCGGAGUUUAACUGAUAUGCAACAUCUUCUAUUCAUAAACCAUGCACAAGCUUAAUUUUGUGUGAGGGGAAAAAUGCUUUUCAGCUCAAACUUAUAAAUGUUUUGUAAAUCCUGCACCUUUCAUUUAUAUAAUGUUUUAUAAGGGAGAUCCAUUUUAGUUUGAAAAUCUGAACGCCAACAGAAUUAACAGUUUUGAUCAAUUCUUUUAAAACAUCUGUGGACAUAUUUCUCCCACAACUACGAACCAGAAUUGUGACUUUUACUUGUCAGGUCUAGUCAUGAGUAGGACGCUAACUUUGUGAUGUCGUUAACUUGAAUUCUUUAAACCAACCCCAGAUCAUUCAAGCCCUAUACAGACAUUAAUACUUGUUGCCGUGCACUAAGACUGCCAAACUGCCUUAGCUGUUCUCAUACUUGUGAAAUGUUCAGGUUCAUCUCAAGCACUUUUAAGUUAAUAUUUAAUCCUGUGUUCCAUAUCAUGACUGUUGCAUGCACCCUAGUGAGCGAGCGUUUUGUUUUGUUUUCCUUUUUGGCGAACACAUCUUCCCGACUACUGACACAAUAAAUGUUACUUAGAAUAUUCAGGGCCACACUGUAAGUCACAAACAUGUAAAACUUUUACUGUGAUACACACAAAUCAGGUUUUGGUAUCAGUCAGUGUGGUAGUACACUUCAGCCAGAAAUACCAGAAAAUUAAAGAUGUAUCCAGAAUA